AUGAAACCGGCGAAGAAGGAAGGGAUGAACAAAAUGCGCAUCCGCGCUUUUCCGAUGACGAUGGAUGAGAAGUAUGUUCAGAGCACAUGGGAAUUGCUGAGAAAUGCUGUUCAAGAGAUUCAGAAGAAGAACAACUCUGGCCUUUCGUUUGAAGAGCUCUAUCGAAAUGCGUAUACCAUGGUGCUUCAUAAACAUGGCGAUAAAUUGUACAGCGGCUUAAAGGAAGUCGUCAUUGAACAUCUCUGUAAUAAGGUACGCACAGACGUUCUUAACGCAAUGAAUAAUAACUUCUUGGAAGUGCUGAUCAACGCAUGGAUUGAUCACACUACGAGUAUGGUAAUGAUUAGGGACAUACUGAUGUAUAUGGAUCGGGUGUACGUUCAGCAGCACAAUGUUGUGCCGGUGUAUAAUUUAGGGCUGAUCUUAUUCCGAGAUGAAGUGAUUCGUUACGAUGGUAUCCGGGAAUUCCUUAGGAACAAGCUACUGGACAUGAUUAUGGCGGAGCGACGUGGAGAGGUUGUGCAGAUGAUAGGAAUUAAAAACGCAUGCCAGAUGUUAAUGGCAUUAGGAAUAGAUUCCCGAACUGUUUACGAAGAAGAUUUCGAAAAUCCGUUUCUGCAGCAAUCCGCUGAGUUUUACAAGGCUGAAAGUCAAAAGUUCUUGGGCGAAAACAGCGCUUCCGUAUACAUCAAGAAGGUCGAACAGCGAAUACACGAAGAAUCAGAGCGUGCUAAGCACUAUCUAGAUCUCAGCACGGAAGCAAAAAUCGUACAAGUGCUGGAGCGAGAACUGAUCAGCCGAAACAUGAAGGUGAUCGUCGAAAUGGAAAAUUCCGGCGUCGUACAUAUGCUGAAAAACGACCGAUACGACUCUUUGAAGUGCAUGUACCGCCUGCUGAAGCGCGUUAACGAUGGCCUGAAAACGAUGACCGAAUGCACGUCUGCGUACCUUCGAGAGCAGGGUAAGGCUCUCGUUCAGGACUUGGACGGAGAUAUGGCGCGCAGUCCAGUUCAGUACAUACAGGGUCUGCUGGAUCUCAAGGAUCGUUUCAAUCGUUUUCUGAUGGAGGCCUUCGAAAAUGAAAAAAUGUUCAAGCAGGUGAUCGCAACAGAUUUCGAGUAUUUUCUCAAUUUGAACCCAAAGUCGCCUGAAUAUUUGAGUCUGUUCAUCGACGACAAGCUGAAAAAGGGCGUAAAAGGCAUGAACGAAUCAGAAGUCGAAGCAGUUCUGGACAAAAGCAUGGUUUUGUUUCGUUAUUUGCAAGAAAAAGACGUUUUCGAACGUUACUACAAGCAACACCUUGCCAAACGCUUACUGCUCAAUCGAUCUCUUUCUGACGAUGCAGAAAAGAACAUGAUAUCAAAGCUGAAGUUCACCAGUAAACUGGAAGGUAUGUUUAAAGAUAUUCAGGUGUCGGCUACGUUGAUGGAGAGCUACAAACAGCAGAAAGAAUACGUCGACCACUGUCCGAAUAGCGGAGUGGACAUCUUCGUGCGCGUGCUAACGACCGGCUUCUGGCCGACCCAGUCGUCGCUACCCAUCUGUAUACUGCCGCGCACGGUGAAUGAUGCGUUCGAAAAAUUCAAGAAAUAUUACCUAAGCAAACACAGCGGGCGCAAAGUGACGCUUCAACCACAGCUGGGAAGUGCGGACUUGCACGCCACGUUCUACGGUUCCAGAAACUCUCUCUCUUUUGUUUCAUCAACCAGUGCGGCCGACAUUGAUGACGCCGAACAGCCGAGUAGUUCUGGCAUAAACGAAGGGAGUUUGGAAAAGUUUGGUUACCCAAGGAAACAUAUUCUCUGCGUUUCCACAUAUCAGAUGUGCGUGCUGAUGCUGUUCAACAAGCGGGAACGGUAUUCAUACGAAGAAAUAGCAUCUGAAACGGUGAUUCCCGAGAAAGAUUUGAAACGAGCAAUUCAGUCAUUGGCUAUGGGAAAGGCCUCGCAGCGGAUUCUCUGUCGUCGCUCACCAGACAAAUCAAAAGAAAUAGCCGCUUUACAUCACAUGGUUGUGCUUGAAUCGAUUCGAAAGCUGUUUUAUGACUCUUUAGGAAACUACGAUCUGUUCAGCGUCAACGAUUCGUUCACUAGCCGCCUUUACCGUGUAAAGAUACAGACCGUGUCAGCUAAAGGCGAAUCUGAACCAGAACGCGUAGAAACGCGAAACAAGGUGGACGAAGACAGGAAGCACGAAAUUGAAGCUGCCGUUGUUCGAGUGAUGAAGGCCAGAAAAUGUUUGCAGCAUAACAUGCUCAUUGCUGAGGUAACGAACCAGCUGAAGCAUCGCUUUAUGCCUAGUCCAGUUGCCAUCAAGAAAAGAAUCGAAAGCCUGAUAGAAAGAGAGUACUUGUCCCGAGAUCAAGGCGAUCAUAAGCUUUAUCACUACGUUGCUUAA